GGGAUCCAGCGGCCGCGAUGGCCCCUGUGUCGGGUUCGCGCAGCCCUGAGGGAUCGGCCUCGGGCUCCGGGGGGAAGCGUCGCAGUUCGUCCAGGAGCCGUAAGCCCAGCCGAUCCGCCCGCUCCCCGCGGGGCCGUCGCUCGCGCUCGAGAUCUCGCUCGCACUCUUGCUCUCGGAAUGGUCUCAGCCAUCAGCUGGGCAGCUUCGGUCAGGGCUCGCGAAACCAGUCCUACCGUUCCCGCUCGCGGUCUCGCUCCCGGGAGCGGCCCUCGGCGCAGCGGGGCAACACCUUCGCUUCAGCCUCCUCGACCGCGUAUUAUGGCGGCUACUCGCGCCCCUACGGGAGCGACAAGCCGUGGCCCAGCCUUCUGGACAAGGAGAGGGAGGAGAGCCUGCGGCAGGAGAUUGAGAGAGAAAGAAUUGGAGAACUGGGAGCUCCUGAAGUAUGGGGACUUUCUCCAAAGAAUCCAGAAGCAGACUCUGAUGAACACACCCCAGUGGAGGCCGACGAGCCGAAGAGAGGCACCAGUUCAGCGUCUACUUCAGAAGAAGAAAAGAAGAAGAAGAAGUCUAAUCAUUCAAAAGAGAGGUCCAAGAAAAAGAGAAAGAAGAAAUCCUCUAAAAGAAAACGCAAGAAGUACUCUGAUGACAGCGACAGUGACUCUGACUCAGACUCCAGCGAUGAAGAUACAAAAAGAAGAGCAAAGAAAGCCAAGAAAAAGGAAAAGAAGAAGAAACAUAGAUCGAAGAAAUACAAGAAAAAGAAGUCUAAGAAGAAUAGAAAAGAUUCCAGUGAUUCAAGCUCUAAAGAUUCCCAGGAAGAGUUUCUGGAGAAUCCCUGGAAGGAUCGAUCAAAGCCUGAAGAACCCUCAGACUUAAUUGGCCCAGAGGCUCCAAAAACACUUGCCUCUCAGGAUGAUAAACCUUUGAACUAUGGCCAUGCGCUGUUACCUGGUGAGGGUGCAGCUAUGGCUGAAUAUGUGAAAGCAGGGAAACGUAUCCCAAGAAGAGGUGAAAUUGGCUUGACAAGUGAAGAAAUUGCAUCAUUUGAAUGUUCGGGUUAUGUAAUGAGUGGUAGCAGGCAUCGCCGAAUGGAGGCCGUGCGACUGCGGAAAGAGAACCAGAUCUAUAGUGCUGAUGAGAAGAGAGCCCUGGCGUCCUUUAACCAAGAAGAGAGGCGAAAGAGAGAAAACAAGAUUCUGGCCAGUUUUCUAGAGAUGGUAUACAGAAAAACUAAAGGGAAAGAUGACAAAUAGGCAUUUUCUGAUUGUUCAGCAGACAUUUUUAACAAAAAAGUCUG